UGUUUUUUUUUUUUCGCUUAUGGCCUGAAACAUACAUCAACUUGCGAUAUACUAGGAAGGGCGGGGCUUUAAAACGUCCUUUCCAGAAGAAAUGCGCAGUGCACAGGGGGCGGGAUAUUUCAGCUGGCGGGGAGAUUCGGUUGAAAUCAGUAAAAACCGAGCGCUCUUGAACCGAACCACCGAUCAUCUUCUGAAGAGGUUAAAAAUAACAGUCCCACUAAAAAAAAAAAAAAAAAAAAAAAAUUGUUUUUCAGAGACAAAGUGGUAAAAGGCGAUUCUGAGUGUCAUCCUGCUUUAAACUAAGUUGCUACAAUGGAAGAGAUGGAGAUAGACCUACAGCUGGGGGGAACAGAGACAGUGUCGCACCAAGUGGAGCAAGGUGGCUGGAGCGGUGUGUUCCCGAUAAUCAUUCCUGAAUCGGAGAGUGACAUAGAGGAAGAAGAGCGGCCCCGUAGCCCCCCUAUUCUGAACCCCCAGCCCGUGCCCAUUCUCAGGGGGCUGCUGCAGGGGGUUACCAGCUCUGUGGUCGAGCCAGCACGACAGGGGACUGUAACGAGGAGGAGGCGGACAACGCGCGCGCAAAGCCAGGCCACUCGCAUCUCCACAAGGUCCAGGUGGCCCCUCACAGCAAGUGCCAGACAGGCCUCCGCGAUGGACAGCUUCUUCCAUCCGAGACACAGCCAGACCGUGCAGCUGCCUUACACCGGCUCACUGGUGCACAUUGUGGGGGACUCGGCCACAGUGAGUGUCACUGACCCGGGUUCAGGGAACACCACGGAGCAGAGUGACUCUGAGGAGAGCCUGACUGACCUGGAGGAGGCUGCAGUACCCACGGCCCCCAUCGUGCCCGCUCUCUCUCUCACGACAGGUCUUGCAGAUCCUGCAGUGCCAGCAGAGGGCAGUGCUGAGACUGUAGGGUCUCUGCAGAGGGAUGGAGGUGAUCCUCUCCAAGACUCUGAGUCAAGCUCUCCUGUUAACAUUUCUGGGCCAAAAGAGGGGCCCAUUGCCAUCACAGUGCCCCCCAAUGUUCCUGGGGAGGAAGAGGGAGAUACCUGUUCAAUCUGUUUCGAACCCUGGACCAAUGCAGGGGAGCACCGCCUCUCCACCCUGCGCUGUGGACAUCUCUUUGGGUUCACCUGCAUCGACCGCUGGCUCAGGGGACAGGGGGGCAAGUGUCCUCAGUGCAAUAAGAAGGCGAAGCGCAUGGAUAUUGUGGUGCUGUAUGCUCGCACGUUGAAGGCCCUCGAUACCAGUGAGCAGGAGAGGAUGAAAAGCCUUCUGGAGCGUGAGCAAGCCCUGCGGAGGAAGUCUGAGCUGGAGUCGGCGCAGUGCAGGUUGCAGCUGCAGGUGAUGACAGAUGAGUGCGGGCGACUGCGCAAGCAACUCCAGGAGUUGAAGGUGUUGAUGUCCAAGCAAGGCUGUAGCUCCUCUCAAUCGAGUGGCUCCCGCACCGCCCUCUCGCAGGGCUCCAGCCAGGCCCAGGGGGGGUGCUACACUUUCAACAAGGCUGUGAUGGUGUCCCAGACAGGGAACUGCCGUGUGCUGUCCUACUGUGAGCCUCUCAGCUGCCUGCUGGCCUCCCAGCCCUCCCCACAAGCAACACUGGUACCAGGCUGCGGUGUUAAGAAGAUCAGUGCAGUCAGCAUGAAGGCGUGUCAGUACGUACCCAUCCACGCCAAGCAGAUCCGCGGCCUGGCCUUCAGCAACCAGGCAGACAGUCUAAUGCUCUCCGCAGCACUGGAUAGCACCGUCAAACUGACCAGCCUCCUGACCAACACGGUCGUGCAGACUUACAACACUGGCCGUCCCGUGUGGAGCUGCUGCUGGUGUCUGGAUGAUCCCAAUUACAUCUACGCUGGGCUGAACAACGGCUCUAUCCUGGUGUACGACACACGGGAUACAAGCACAUACGUGCAAGAGCUUGCUCCCCUUGGGUCCAGGUGCCCGGUGGCCUCCCUGUCCUAUCUCCCUCGUGCCGCCUCGGCUGCUUUCCCCUGUGGGGGGCUGAUCUCUGGGACCCUGGAGGGGGGCAGUUUCUGGGAGCGGAAGGACGGGACAACCUACAGAGCCCACCUCCUCCCACUGGAGACGGGUGGCUGCACAGACAUCCAGGUGGAACCAGCCAGCCGGCACUGUCUCGUUACCUACAGGCCAGGCAAGUCAAACCCCUCUCUACGAUGUGUGCUGAUGGAGCUCAGCAGGGGGUGCCAGAUUGACUCGUCCGAGGACCCUCCAUGUACCUGCCAUCCCGUCCAGUCCUUCAACGCCGGCUCCUCCUGCAAGCUGCUCACCAAGAACGCUGUGUUUGAGAGCCCGGCACGUGACGGGGCCAUGCUGGUGUGUGCAGGAGACGAGGCUUCCAACUCCGCUAUGCUGUGGGAUGCUGGCCGUGGUUCUCUGCUUCAGAAACUGCAGGCUGACCAGCCAGUGCUGGACAUCAGCCCCUUUGAGGUGAACCAGAGCAGCUACCUGGCCUUGCUCACAGAGAAGAUGGUGAAGAUCUACAAGUGGGAUUGAGAUAAAGAAUUGCAGCAAGAACCAGUGUGCAUGCAGCAUGUCUGGAGUAGACUGAGGGAAUGUGGGAGUCCUUUAACACAACACAACAGCAGGGCUUCUGGAGGUACUGUACUUGAGACAAGGCAGUGGUUCCUGUCGCAUGAUUUGGGGGAAGGGGCAUUCUAGCUGACUGGGAGCACUCCUUACAUUUGGGUCCCCAUAGAACUGAAAACUAGAAACCCAAUGAGAAUUGAGAAAAGCGGCAAACCAAAUACGCCAUGGAGUUGUGGGAUGCCAAUAAUUAUGACUUUGUGAUCUUCAGGAUGAUUGGGAUUACAGUAGUUUUAAUUGGAGUAGAGUCCCCACUGUGAAUUGGGACAAAUGAGAGGAAUGCCUAUCAGGCUGAAGGUGGGGUGUGUGUUGAGUCCAAUAUACACAGGAUGGUUUGGCACUGGUCUCUGCAUGGACACGAACCAGUGGUAACCAUUGUACAGGCAGCAAUCAAGAUUUAAGUGUUUGGGGUGUUUUUUUUUAUUAUUUAGAAAUGAUACCAAAUAGCUCAGAGAGCAGUAACAUCUAAUUUCCAGUAGGCAUUUCUUCCAUUGUUUCUUUUACAACUUUAUCGCUUUUAGUUAGUAUUUGUCCACUUGGAUUUGUCUGAGGCCUUAGUAGCUGUCCCAGUUGUGCCCCCUCAUUAUAUCACGAUACAGUUUAAUACUCUGCAUGAUCUUUGUUUUGUGCCUGCAAAAUGAAACGCUGAAAUCAAUUCACAUGGAAAGAGGAAGCGUGGAUUACUAGUUACAUGAGCAAUUUGGGACAAAGGGCUGAAUUUAUCAAGAUAGUUACAUAAUACAUUUUGCACCUUUUCUAUAUUAUAAAUAAAUAAAUAAAUUAUACAUUAAACUAAAUGGGGAUAGGGGGUGUUCUGAUAAUCUAAUUACAACUGAAAUGUUAAUGACUUUCCCAAUCACAAAAACAUAAUAGAAACCCUUUACCCCGACGACUGGCCUGAUAGAGCAUGGCCUAUGAUGAUAGGGCAGGAGAGCACUGCACACGAGACAGGUUAACAAGCGGCAGAUUGGAAAGCAGAGAAGUUUGGAUAAUCAAAAUUUGAAAUUUGACUAAUUCUGUCAGUGUUUAUCCACUAAUAACAAUUAGCCUAGGCAUGCUUUCUAGUAACUUGGUAUUCCCUUAAGUGUGUUUGGUUACAUCAUCAGUUCUAUUUUCCUGUCACUAAAAGGUGCAAAUUGCAUUGUGUCUAAAAGACCUAGAUCAAGCUAGCCUUAUAUUCAAGUUAAGUCACUAGCAACGUAACCUUUAACAUAAGCCUAUUUUUAAACUUGAUAUUGUCUUUGAUUUUGUGUUUCAAUUUGAAAUCUACAAUGCCCUGCAUUUGUGUUCAGUUUUCUACUGGAUGAUUCCUUGCUGACUGAUGACAUUCUUUCUCAAUUUUUACCUUAAUGUGGAUACAGUACUUGUUGGCUGCCCUGUUUAUUUACAUUCCCUUAAAGCAGGGUUGUCCGUCCUUGUCCUGGAGGGCUGGUGUCCCUUCUGUUUUUGUUCCACCUGUACCCUUUAUUACUUAAUUGGACCAAUGAAGUGCU